AUGGACCAAGUAUUAAUGAAUCGCUUAUUGCUAAUAAGUGACGAAAUUAAAAGAUUAACAGACUGUGCUCUCACACAAAGUGCUAGUUACAAUAACGAUGAUAAGACAAAAGCCUGCAUUAUCGUCGCUAAACUAAAAGCAAUGUUGGGUAAAUUUGGUCAUGAAUUGCAUACUUACUUUAAUUCCUCUCAAGAACCAGAUAUAGAUGAAGUGUCUACACUCACUAGCAUACAGCUACAUGGAGAGGAAGCAUUAGUAGAGCUAGAAGUUAAAAUUGAGUCAGGGGCUAUAUCACAAAAUGAAGCUUCAACAAGCAGUACAUGUGCCGUUUUGUCCAGUAAACUUCCAAAGCUAUCCUUACCGAUUUUUGAAGGCAACAUCCUUGAUUGGCAUCAAUUUUGGGACCAAUUCAGUUCAAAUAUAGAUAAGAGAAACUUACCUGAUGUAGAUAAGUUAUUGUAUUUAAAAAGUUCCCUCACAGGCGAAGCUAAGAAUACUCUAGAAGGAUUGGAUGCUACUAAUAAAAAUUAUCAAAUUGCAGUAACAUUACUCAAGCAAAGAUAUGGUAAAGAAAGUCAGAUUAUUGAUGCUCAUUACGCAGCAUUAUACAAAAUCGAACCAGCAAAAACGAGUGCAGAUGGAAGGAAGACACUCAACGAAAUUGAAAGGCACUUACGUGUAUUAAGCUCUAUGGGUGAAAAUGUAAACCAUAACCAUUUACGAUUCAUUAUCAUGGAAAAGUUUCCAGCAGAUAUACUCUAUGAUCUUAAAAUGAAGACGUCAAAUGAAUCAGUUGAAGAAAUAAGAAACAAAUUAGAAGUCAUAAUUGCAGCCAAAGAAGAUGUGGCAAAAAUACCAGUGAUAUUAUGA